CAUUACAUUAUAACCCAUGCAUUACAUUUUGGCCGAGGGAGCAAUUAAGGGUUGGGUGUCUUGCUCAAGGACACUUCGACAUGGCACAUGGAGCAGCCGGGAUUCGAGCCACCAACCUUGUGUCUCCCAGCGCACCACACGCCCCAUCUGUACAUGUUUCUUAACGCUAAAUGAAACCGCACAACGCUUACAACAAUACAGAUACGCUGUAGUCCAUCGUGAAACGAUACGCGUCUAAAGUAGCUUGCAUAGUUGUACAAAUGUCACCCCAGUUUCAUGCAGAGAAAUUCGGUCCGUUUCACGUGGGAGAAAAACACAUUAUCCACGACCCCCCCCUCUCUCCCUUUCUUUCCUCUCUCGCGACACCAGCCGACAUGAAUGAACAGAAGCUGUCCUCGCAAAACGGCGUCGAGUAAACCUCCACGAAGCAAAAAGGCGACAAAGGAGUGCGAAAGAUCCCUGGUCCGUUCUCGUACCCUCACGGUGUCCUCCCCCCACCCCCCCCCGCCCCGCCUCUUGUGGAAAAAAAAAUACGGGAGGAGGAGGGUGAGGAGAAAUUCAAUCACACAACAACCGGCUCCCUCUCCUCGGUUACUACUACAGCUGCUGGCUCCGCAUGCGGCGCUCUGUGGUCCUCACCGGGCACACCGGCUCCAGUCCGUAGGCAUGUCCGCCGGAGGCGCUGACGGGACGGCGCACAGGUCGGCAGAUCUGGUUGCAGAGGAGGGAGGGCCAAAACAAGCGGCCUCCUCGCUGCAAGCUGUCGAGCUGCCAAGGAAACGGAAGGGAGAUUCGGAGGAGAGCCGCAGCGUCGACUCCCAAUUGGACGACGACCUCGGCAGAUCUGAUGAGGACGAUCUGCAAGUCAAAAUAAAAUGCUUCAGGGAGCCUCACCGGCAGAUCGAGAAACGGCGGAGGGAUAAGAUGAACAACCUCAUCGACGAGCUGGCCGCCAUGAUCCCCGCCUGUCAGCCCCUCACUCGGAAACUCGACAAGCUCACCGUCCUGCGGAAGGCCGUGCUGCACCUGAAAGGGCUCAGAGCCGGGACGCGCAGCGCCUUUAUUAUCUCCACCCACGAGCCUUCGAUCAUGCCUCAAGAUGACCUCAGGCACCUUCUGCUCAGGGCUGCGGAUGGUUUCCUCUUAAUUGUAAGUUGUGACCGGGCCAAAGUCCUGUUCAUCUCCGAGUCGGUCUCCAAGAUCCUCAACUUUGACCGGUUUGAGCUGACUGGGCAGAGCCUGUUCGAUUUCAUCCACCCCAAAGACAUUAACAAGGUGAAGGAGCAGCUGUCGUCCUCGGAGUGCCCUCGCCAACGCCUCAUCGACGCCGCAACUGGGGACCAGGUGGAUGCCCCCGUCAGGCCGCCCCACUUGUCCACCGGGGCCCGGAGAUCCUUCUUCUGCCGGAUGAAGCACAAUCGGGUGGAGGAGAAGCAGGAGGACAAGCACUUGCUCCCCUGUAUGCUGAAAAAGAAAGACACUUACCAAUACUGUACCCUGCACUGCACUGGAUACAUGCGGAGUUGGCCGAGCAGCCAGCCGGACUCUGAGGGGGACGUCGAGAAGGAAACCUCAAACCUGACCUGCCUGGUGACCGUGUGCCGCCUCCUCGGCCACGUGCCCAACCUGCCUUCCAAAGACAUCAACAUGAAGCCCUCUGAGUUCGUCACCCGCUGUGCCAUCGACGGAAAGUUCACUUUUGUAGAACAGCAAGCCACGACGGUCAUCGGCUAUCUCCCACAGGAAGUUCUUGGCACGUCGUGUUACGAGUACUUCCACCAGGACGACCUGCGGCACCUCGCGGAGAAACACAGGCAAGUUCUUCGAAGCAAAGAGAAGAUCCAGACGCAGUGCUACAAGUUCAAAACAAAGUGCGGCUCCUACGUCUCCCUCCAAAGUCAGUGGGUUAGUUUCACCAAUCCGUGGACCAAAGAAGUCGAGUUUAUCGUGUCUUCAAACAGGGUGGUCUCCAGGGGGCCUGGCCACACAAUAGAUGAGGAGGCCGUCAACUCAAAAGCACUUCAGGAGAACACAAAGCAGUUACCCAUAAUUCCCAGCCUUUCCAGCACCGCGGGCACAAUGAUCUACGCAGGCGGCAUAGGGACCCAAAUCGCAAAUGAGCUCAUCGAAUCCUACAGGGUUAACUCCUCCCCAUCGAGCGGAGCUUCCAGUCCAUUUGGCCCCGCCGCAGAGAAAUGUCCGCUGGUUUCCCCGCAAACCAGCAACAGUGCGUCCAGCAGAGAGGAGGCGGCAGGCCGCUCAUCGCGGUCCUUGUCCGACUCGAGGGCGCCACCGGGCGCCAGCAGCGCAGCUUCUGAAAGCUCAGGCGAGCCGACCCAGGUGGACCUGGACAGCAUGGUGGUGCCAGGCCUGAGCAGCUUCAGCAGCGACGAGGCAGCCAUGGCGGUCAUUAUGAGCUUGCUGGAGACGGAUGUGAACAUGGGUCAAACGGGGGACUUUGAGAACUUGCACUGGCCCUUCUAGGCGCACGCACAGACUCUCGAGCUCUCACCGAGGACUCGAGUGUCCUCUCGGUCGCUCUGAGGCCGACUGAGCCAGCGUUGAGCACAGCUGAAACCACUGGACUGGUUCCAAAGGCCGCGACACGUCGUACUUGAGAGCGCCCGGACUUUCCGCAGCAGAGCGAUUUAAUCCAUUCGCUCUGCCGGCCCCGCGAGGUUGGGAGGAGCAUUAGACACCCCUCCAUGUGGCGUGCUGCUAGAGAAACUCCUCAAACCUUUUGACAGCUGCCAAAACCUUUGGUUUCCAGUGAUGACUUGCAUGUUUCACGGGACAUAUUUUGUUCUAUUUUUUUCUAUUAAUGUUGUUUCCAGAAGGAACUGGGGAAGGCUUAAAACAUCUUUACAUUUCCCUCUUUAUGGAGAACUACAAGCUAAUUAAAGAUAAUGUCAUCUGUGGUUUUGCGUUUCAAGUGUUUACCUGUAAACUCUUGCUCUAUCACUGGUUCCUCUAAUCUUGAAAGCAUAAUGUGAUUGUGUUGCCUUGAGGUCAUGUCUGACAAGGAUCCAUUGUAAAUCAACAGUUGUGUCCUCCUUUUGGCUUUGUAAGCAAAUCUGAUUAUUCAAUUUUUUUUUUUUUUUGCUGCUGCUGCUGCCAUCAAAGCCAUUUGUAAUACAACAGCAUAUUGAACAUGCCCUGCAAUGAAAAGAAAUGUCUGAUAUAUGUAUGUGAAAGUUGUCAUUGUUGUAAUGACGACUGGAGGGUCUUGAAAGGUGUAAAACAAUUUUUCACAAAUGGUCCAAUGGUCUAAAUUUAGACUAUUAAAUUCCACUUUUGAGUAGGUGGCU